UCACUCCAUUAUUUUCUUUUGCAACAAGUUUUUAUGAUAGAUCUGCAAGAUUGAGUGAAGUGAGUGUGCAACAUAAAAUGGGAAAAAUAAUAAGGAAAGUGCAGGGGUUGAAACCUGCUCUAGCGAUGUUGACGGUGCAGAUUAUUUUCUCUACGACAAACGUGGUCUACAAACUUGCCAUAAACGAUGGAGUGAGUGUCAAAAUUCUCACUGCCUACCGUCUCAUGUUCGCUGGAGCUUUCACCGUUCCACUAGCUCUUAUUCUUGAAAGGAAGAACAGAGCAAAGCUUACUUGGAGAGUGCUUUUCAUGUCAUUUAUCUGUGGUUUAUUAGGGGGGAGUUUGUUCCAAAACCUUUAUUUGGCAUCCUUGGCCUUGAUAUCAGCAACAUUUGCUUCUGCUUCUAUAAAUCUCGUUCCCGCAGUCACUUUUAUUUUGGCCAUCACAUUCGGUUUAGAAAAAUUGAAACUUCACAAGGCAGCAGGCAAGGCUAAGGUGCUUGGAACAAUAUCAGGAAUUGGAGGGGCAAUGAUGUUGACCUUUCUCAAAGGUGUGGAACUUAGCAUUUGGCCUUUCCAUAUCAACAUCCUUCAUAAAAAACACACUGGAACACACUCUAAUAGUAAACUACCUGGUAUCUUUUGUGGUCUUGCAAGCUGCUUUUGUUACUCUAUAUGGCUCAUCAUUCAGGCUAAGAUGAGCAAAGAAUAUCCGAGUCAUUACACUAGUACAGCUUUGAUGACCUUAAUGGCGGCGGUGCAAGCCACUAUUUUUUCCCUUUGUUUUGAGAAGGAUUGGAGCCAAUGGAGGUUGGGCUGGAGUAUUAGGCUUCUAGCUGCAGCAUAUUCGGGAAUUAUGUCAUCUGGAUUAGUGGUUGUUCUAAUUGCAUGGUGUGUGAGGAUGAAAGGUCCACUGUAUGUCUCUGUUUUCAAUCCAGUGAUGCUUGUGCUUACUUCCAUUGUUGGUUCCUUGAUACUGGAUGAGAAUCUUUACCUUGGAAGUGCAAUUGGAGCGGUUCUAAUUAUGAUUGGAUUGUACAUGGUGUUGUGGGGUAAGCACAAAGAAAUUCAAAAGCUGCCCGUGAAAAUCACUCCAGAAAUUGGAACAGUUGAGGUUGCUGUCACGCCCACAAAAGUAGAGCAUGAUAAUAGAAGUUGUAGUAGCAUCAACAACAAUUAUGAGAACAAUAUUAUUGAUAGUUCAUCAAAAAGUUGUCAAGAAGAAGGACACAUCAAGGAAAAUAACAUAAAAGAAACGGCCUCAGAUGACAUGAAAAGUGCAAAUAACACAAAAUCUGAAGAGCCAUAGAGGGUACAUGUUGAAGCAGGACAUCAUGUCAUCAUUUUCACCUUCCUUUGCAAAAGGGAAAAGUUUUGAGAAUGAGAAGUGUUUGGUAUAUUUGAUUAAUGUUUUUGAAAAGGGGUCGUAGGUAACCCAACCCCUUUUGAAAAUUAUUCUCAAAAUUGUUUUCCAUUUUUUGUUUUUUUUUUUCGAAAGAAGAAAAAUUAUUAAAUGAUGGAUAAUCUUGAGAACAACCUUCUCAAUCUCAAGUAGGUAAAAGAGCAGCCCCAAAAGGCCACCCAAAUACAUCAGCAAAAACAAGAUAAAGGACUGCAAAGCUACCUCUAAAAAGCAGGUCAAAGCCUAAGGAUAAAAAUAAAAGAAAACUAAAGCAAGAAAUCACACAGAUUGCAGCCAACACGAAAUGCAGGAUCUGAAACACAAGAAAGGACCAAGCUUGAAUGAAACUCUCCUCCAAAAACACAAGAAAGUACUUGCAUAGGCCACGAGCUAAGACACAUUGCAACCUGAAUAACUAUCUUUCAUUGCAUGCCUCCAGCCGUAAUCAACAAGGAUUUAACAUCACCACAAAAGUCACUAUACAGUCCAUAAGUAAUUCUUGUGCCUCUUAACAGCAAGCCAAGGCCUUUGGAAAAUAAGAGAAGAAACUUAGCAUACCAUAUCUGAAGUACAAGGGACCAAGCUUGAGUGAAUCUCUCCUCCAAUAAGAGCAUAGAUUUCGUUAGGCAAUUGCAAGACCACAAGCCAAAACACAAUACAGCAAGAAUUAUCACAACAUGGCACUCCUCCAUUCCUACUUCUCUCUAUACCUUGCACCUUAGAUUCUCAUCAUGGGAACAACAGAAAAAAUAGCACUCCCAAUUUUUGUUUUUAAAACUAAAAAUAUAGAACUAAGAUUUGUUUUUUCCCGAAUGAUAGCUCAAUUGAUAAAAGUUGUUGUCUAUGAGGAUAGCUCAAAUGAUAAGAGUUAUGAGACUCAAGGGUUGGGUGA